AUGUCUCUUGGUCGCACCUUUAAGCUCAACUCGGGCUACGAGAUCCCCGCAGUUGGUCUCGGUACUUGGUUGUCCAAGCCCAACGAGGUCGAGAACGCAGUCGAGCACGCGCUUCGCAGUGGUUACCGUCACAUUGAUGCGGCAGCAUGCUACCAAAACGAGAACGAGGUUGGAAAUGGCUGGAAGAAGUCGGGUGUGCCCCGUGAGGAGAUCUUUAUCACCAGCAAGCUGUGGAACACUCACCACCACCCUGACAAUGUCGAGGAGGGCCUGAACAAGACCUUGAAGGAUCUCCAAACCGACUAUGUGGAUCUGUACCUUAUCCACUGGCCUGUAGCCUUCGAACACACCAAUGAAACUCUCACACCUACAGACCCUGUGACCAAGCGUUUCCGCAUUGCCGAUGUUCCGACCGCCGAUACCUGGGCUGCUCUGGAGAAGUUCGUCGCUGCGGGCAAGAUUCGCAGUCUGGGUAUUAGCAACUUUACUAUCGAUGCCACCAAGAAGCUGCUCGAGACUGCGAAGAUCCCUCCUACUGUGAACCAGAUCGAGGCUCACCCCUACCUCCUUCAGCCAGAGCUUACCAAGUACUUGAUUGAUAACAAAAUCCUUCCCGUCGCAUACAGCCCUCUAGGAAACAACAUCUUCAACAAGCCACGUGUCGUCGACGACCCUCUUGUCGUUGAGAUCGCCAAGAAGCUGAACAAGGACCCCGCCCAGCUGCUCAUUUCAUGGGCUAUCCAACGAGGCUCUGCAGUACUGCCCAAGAGUGUUACCCCCUCGCGAAUUGAGAGCAACUUCUCAGACUUUGUCAUUCCCGACGCAGAGUUCAAGGCCCUCAACAAGUUGGACCGUAACGAGCGAUACAACUACCCCUUCCGCUGGGGUGUGGAUGUUUUUGGAGAACUGGGUGCCGCUGAAUCUGAGCGUCGUGCUGAAGAGCACGCUGCUUCCCUGCGUUAA